GCGGCUCCCAGUGCCUCCCAGGGGAGCCCCUCCUUGGCAGAUGGCAUCCGUUAGUCACUCCCCGCUGCCCAGCGCUCUCGGCUCAUUCCUCUGACGGACCUGUGGGGAAGCAGAGAGGCCUGGAGAGAGGGAAGACCUGGGCCAAGGAAGAGGCUCUGCCUCCCCCUGUCCCCAGCCUGCCUCCGCCGCCCUCCUCAGCCAAAGCCCCUUCGAGUCCCCUGGGGCUCAGCCCCUCCCCCUGUCCGGGGCCCAGGUUGCCCGCGGGGCCUGCCUCCCACCAUGUCGGUGGCUGUGGAGAUCUUCGGCUUCCUCAUGGCAGCCCUGGGGUUGGUGCUGCUGGGGGUGACGCUGCCGCACAGCAGCUGGCGAGUGUCCACCGUGCACGGGAACGUCAUCACCACCAACACCAUCUUCGAGAACCUCUGGUACAGCUGCGCCACCGACUCCCUCGGGGUCUACAACUGCUGGGAGUUCCCGUCCAUGCUGGCCCUCUCGGGGUACAUCCAGGCCUGCCGGGCACUCAUGAUCACCGCCAUCCUCCUGGGCUUCCUGGGCCUCUUCCUGGGCAUGGUGGGGCUGCGCUGCACGAACAUUGGGGGCUUGGAGCUCUCCAGGAAAACCAAGCUGGCGGCUACCGCAGGGGCCCUACACAUACUGGCCGGGGUCUGCGGGAUGGUGGCUAUCUCCUGGUACGCCUUCAACAUCACCCGGGACUUCUUCGACCCCUUGUAUCCGGGGACCAAGUAUGAGCUGGGCCCCGCGCUCUACCUGGGCUGGACCGCCUCCCUGCUCUCCAUCCUGGGCGGCAUCUGCCUCUGCUCCAGCUGCUGCUGCGCUCAGGACGACGACCCAGCAGCCAACGUCCGGGUUCCCUACAAGGCCCCGAUGCCCGCCUCCAGCCUCACUGCCCGCUUGCCCGCCGUAGCCUCGGAUGAAGACGGCGACAGCAGCUUCGGCAAGUACGGGAAAAACGCUUACGUAUAGGAGGCCUAGCCCGUGGACCACAUUCGCUUCCCACUGCUCCCAGUGGAACCCCCGGGCUGCAGGCGCGGGUCCCUACUCCCUGUAACAAGCUCUGGGCCCAGCCUUGCAUCAGGCUCCGCCCCAUGCCCUGGAGUCUCGCCAGCUCUGGCUUCAGGCCCCGCCUCCCCGGUCGGAGCUCCGCCCUGGCCACGCCUCCGUCGGCUGGCCCUCUGGAUCCUCCCUGGUUAAGAACCCAACGACGCCCGAGAACUCCCUCUGGCCCCCGAGACUGGACCCAUCGUAACUUUCUGAGUCUGGGCUCUGGGCGAUGACGGGGGCUGGAGAUGUCCCCGAGUGUUUUUAGUCGGUAUACACAUUCAUAAAUAAAUUUGUAUUAGGAA